ACUAAGUAUCGACCGAUCUCACAAAUCAAAAAAAAAUAAUAUGGCAUCGAUGAUAUAAACCUGGCGAAAAUCAGAACAUUAAUCGGCAAACGGCGAGAGAAGCAGCAGGUUCUUUGCUGCAGAGGGUUGGGCGGCGCAUCCCGAACGUAACGACGCCGACGCAACAACUAGCGGCGCCUCGACCCAUUAAGCUGCGGACUAACAUCAUAGUGCGGUGAACUGAAAUCCAGAACACACGCGAGUACGUCAUGACGAGGCGCUACGAAGACGCGGUCCACGUCCUAACCCAAAAACCAAAAUAACUCCGGGCGCAACGACCUCCGCAUGAACAGUUGUUAUUGUUCCCUCGACGGAACUUGACUUUUUGUGUCGACUGUGAUGGUGACGGUCGGUCGAAAGUUUCUCAGUGUCGAGUGUAGUUCGACGAGCACCAGGUGGCAAGAUGAUAAGUGAUGGCUAGGAUUUCGCUAUUGCUCAUCGCCAUGGCGCUAGCCCUAGCGUCCCCAGACUGGACUGACUGCCCCACGCCUUGCAGAUGUACCUGGAGCUCCGGGAAAAAAACGGCGAUCUGUAAACAAGCCGGCUUUACAAGCAUCCCAGCAACUUUUGACGAAGGUAUGCAAGUGCUCGAUCUGUCCGGAAAUAUGAUUUCGGAGUUGCCGAAAGCGGCAUUCAAGUCGGUAGGCCUAAUCAACCUUCAGCGCAUCUACAUAUCGAGUGCCGGAUUAACCGAGAUCCAUCGCGACGCUUUCAAAGACCUAAUCAUACUAGUAGAGGUUGACUUGUCACGCAACGAAAUCACCAGCUUACAUCCCGAGACAUUCCGCGGGAACGAGCGGUUGCGUGUACUUUAUCUAACCGGGAAUCCCCUGGGACGCCUCAUCCGAGCCCAGUUUCCACCCCUACCACAUCUCAGAACCUUGGACCUGGAGGAAUGCCGCUUGGAGAUCGUGGACAAGGAGGCGUUCAUACACCUUACCGCUCUAGAAACGCUCAGCUUGAAGUAUAACCUGCUGCAGAACCUCUCCGAAGCGGCAUUCAUGAACUUUGCCCACCUCAAAACUCUCACGCUAGAGGGAAACCCCUGGCGAUGCGACUGCAAUCUUCGCGGAUUCCGCGAUUGGUUCCUGGCUAGUAAACUCCAUUCUGUGUCGUUGAUUUGUGCCGAACCGGAAGCUUUGACCGAGCGUCAGUGGGAGGACGUGCCCUCUGGGGAGUUCGCGUGUCCUCCUCGAGUAUUCGCCAACCCUCAGCAGGAAGUGCAAGCCGAAGCCGGUGGUAACGUGACCCUUGGCUGCCACGUAUUUGGCGACCCCGAACCGCAGGCCUCGUGGCUGUAUGAUGGCCACCCCAUCAACCAUACCUGGCUGAAGAUGGACGCGGAAGAGGGCCUGCUGGACAAGUGGCUCAACAUCAGUAUCUUCAACGUGAGUGACGCGGACGUGGGAUUGUACACAUGUGUCGCCAAGAACAUCCUAGACUCUUCCUACGUAAACGUUAGCCUGGUGCUUCCGGAAGUAGUGACUGCGACGACUCUGAGCAAGUCGGACUCAAAAAUAGUGUGGUUAGGUAUAGUGCUGGUUAUCGUCGCGGUGGGAUUUUCUUCAGUGGUAGGGGUGAUUGCGAUGUGUUGCGUGAAGAAUAGACGAGCGGACCAGCGGAGGAACAUGAAGGCCAGCGUCAGCUUCAACGACCAAGAGAAGAAGCUCCUGGAUGUCAGCAUCGCUACAACAACGGAUCGAGGGACGGGCAGCUGCGAAGCUUUGGGACCGGAAGUGGAGUUGAUGGAUCCGCCGGUUCACAUCACCAUCGAACGGGAGCCGCUGCCCCUCUCUGUGUAUCCCCCGCCGCCUGAGUUUUCUACCAGCACCCUGCCUGCCGGAGCCUACGGCAACAUCUUCAUCUCAGUGUCAGUGAGUCGAGACCCUUCGAUUGAUGUAUCUAGGUGUCCUGAUCUGUUGGACUUGCCCCACAGGCCCAAGCCGAUCUACCACGGAAUGGCAACGCUGCCUAGAAGGCAGUACGUCGCCCCGCAGUACGACAACAUGGGUCCUAGAGUAACUGCCGGAGGGAGCUCGACGCUGUCCCUGCCUGACGCCGCCGCUGCUGCCGCCGCGGCGGAGCUCCCCCCGCCCCCACCACCCCCUUGCGUUCCGCUCGUCCCCGAGUUUGUCUCUCUCUAACCUCCCUGUGGUUAAUCUUCAAUUAGUGCCUUUGCUCACAUCAAUAUAUUAAUUUAUGUCUACAUACGUUUACCAACGAGGAUGAGGACAUUUAGGUAAAUGACAUUUGAAUUAUACUAUAUUAGAUCGAACGAAAAGACGGUUGCUGUAGACUGAAUCGAUGUUCAUUUCACCGCUUAUAUUUCAUUUUCUAUCGGUUGUUGUUUUGGACCAAUAAAUUACGUUUUAUUUUUA